AUGCUCCUGAGGGGAGGUCCCAGGCCGUGGCGCCUGCCGCUGCUGCCAACUCCCGGGACCAGGGGCCGCGCGAACCCGCCGAGGCGCAACCCCCAGAUUUUUUGUGGGAAGCUAUGUGAAAAUCUGAAAUACCCUCUCUCAUCCCUUUACAGUACAGUGGUGCCAUCUGAUGAAAUUAAAGUUAAUUAUAGAUACGGCCUUCCUUUAAUAACGCUCCCUUUGCCAUCCAGAAAUGAGCGAUGCCAAUUUGUAGUCAAACCAAUGUUAUCAACAGUUGGUUCAUUCCUUCAGGACAUACAAAAUGAAGAUAAAGGGGUCAAAACUGCAGCCAUCUUUGCAGCAGAUGGCAGCAAGAUUUCAGCUUCAACUUUAAUGGGAAUUCUACUAAUGAAUGAUUUUAAACUUGUCAUCAAUAAAAUAACAUAUGAUGUACACUGCCACAAGCAAGAAAAUCUGAGUAGUGAGCAUGCUACUGAGAUGGAAACCAUGAUGUCUUUGGUUCACAGACUGUUUACAGCCAUACAUUUUGAUGAAUAUCAGAAAAAGAAAGAGAACUAUUUACUGGAGAAAAUUGACCACCUGAAGAAAGAGCUGCAGCCCUUUGAACAGCUGAAAACUAGAAUUGAAGGUCGCUCUGAAGCCAGAAUCAACAGACUCCUAUGGACUGGCUUAGCGCUGCUGUCCGUGCAGGGCGGGGCACUGGCUUGGUUCACAUGGUGGGUGUACUCCUGGGACAUCAUGGAACCAGUUACUUACUUCAUCACAGUUGCAAAUUCCAUGGCCUUUUUUGCAUACUUUCUAGUCACUCGACAGGAUUAUACUUACAAAGCUAUUAGUAGUAGGCAGUUUCUUAACUUCUUCUAUAAGAAAUCAAAGCAAGAACGUUUUGAUGUGGAGCAAUACAACAAGUUAAAAGAUGACCUUGAUAAGGCUCAAGAAGCCCUGAGACGUGUACGCCGUCUUCUCUAAAAUCGAUUGCCAUUGGAGGAACUCAAUGACAAGAAUUAA